AAGCAUCGCAUCCCAGCUCAUCAAAAACGUCGUGUACAGGCAUAGCUUAAUCAAAAAGCUUCUACACACAUCCCAGCCUGCGAGUGUGUCGCUAUAUUUACAAGUACGACGUGUUGUUUUCGUUUAAACGCCCAUUAUUAACUUCCUGGUCUGUUUUUUGGUUUCACUUUUUGUUUGAAGUAAAGUGGGUUCACUGGGUGUUGAAACUGAACACACACACACAUCUGUAGAUAAGGAGAGCCGCGCUUUUGUCCUCCCCAAUCAUUUCGGGUAACAUUAUGAGAUAAUGGUUUAGAUUGAGAGAAAACAAAGCCAAGGUAGGCAUCCUUUACCUGUAUCGUUAAAUCAAAGUCUGCUUCUCUGACAUGCAGGUAGGAAUUGAGUUUCGACUUGUUUUUAACGCGAAGAGGCGAGGCAAAUCUGCAGAUAAAAAGAUUCAACGCGAUUUAUAAAACAAAGGUGAAAAAUACAUGACUGAUGGAUAGUGAUACAGUGUACUGAUACAAUACUAAAGUGUGAUUUUAGUUAAAAACUAGUUUCGGGUCUAAUAACGAAACUGUUAAAUCAGAUACGUUGUGCAUGUGGAUUUCUGUGUUUCGCUAGAGUUAUGACUCUCGUUUCCUCUUUGAUGGUCUCUUAUUCGUCUUGUCAGUACCGCACAAUCUUAUCAUCUGGUUCUGUUUUUGCGGAAGUUUUCAUUCGUGGUUGCUAAUAACAACAGCACAAGUAUAUUUUGACACUGUCCGGUCAGUCAAGCUGUGGAAUAUUGAAAAAUAAUGGCAUCGGCUGAAGACUCCAUUUCACACACUUCAAAAGAAGAUAAGACAAAUAAAGCUGAAGAGUUGGCCCUGACCCUGACUGAAGCUAUUAGUUUGGGGGACGUGGAGGCAGCCAAUCAAAGUGCAGGGCAGCUGGCGAACCUGCAGGUCUCUGUCACAGUCAGUGUCCACAAGGAUGCCUACCCAAAGGAUGAAAUCCGGAUGAAGGUGGGAGUGGAAGACGUCCAGUCCCAGUCCACAGUCCCCAUCUCCAUGGCUGUGUAUUCACACAUGACCAUCACACAGCUGAAGGAAAAGGUGAACAGAGACUAUGGUUUCCACCCGUCACUGCAGACCUGGGUGAUAGGAAAGCGCCUGGCCAAGGACCCCGACACGCUGGGGAGCCACGGGGUGAGACGGGACGGGGACACAGCCUUCCUGUACAUCAGGACAGCCAAGAAAGCACAGCUGACCAAGGAGCUGCAGCAGCAGGAGGAGGAGAGGAGACUGCUCGGGGAAAUCUACACAGCUGUCAACGGAACACUCGAAGCCCGGGGGACAGCUACCUUGACCCCCAAGAAGGAACAGGAAGUGCUGGUGUUGGCGCCUGACCCUGCUGUAGCCCCGAAACCUCCCAAACCUGCACCCCCUCCUCUCAAACCCAAACCUAAGGUUGGCUGGGAGUGCCCUCAGUGCACCUUCCUAAACAAGCCCACCCGGCCCGGCUGUGAGAUCUGCGCCUCGGACAGACCAGCGGGCUACCAGAUCCCAGCCCAGUAUCAGCCGGACAAGGAGGAGGAGCAGAGACUGCACAGCGAGGAGAUGGCGAUGCUGCUGUACCAGGAGACGAUGGAGCUACAGAAGGUACAAAACUUCCAGAGUCUGCUGGAUACCGAUCUGCUCAGCCUGGUCCCCAACAGCGAGGAGAUGGACUGCCCUGUCUGCUUCAACACCAUUGAGCCAGGAGAGGGCGUCACUCUGCGGGAGUGUCUGCACAGCGUCUGCAGGGAGUGCCUCAAAGGAACGAUUAUCAACAGCAUGGACCCCGAGGUGGCCUGCCCGUACGCCGACCAUGAAUACACCUGUGAUGGGAAGCUGCAAGACAGGGAAAUCAAAUCCCUGCUGUCCCAGCAGGAGUACCAGCGGUUCCUAGACCUGAGGCUCAACAUCGCAGAGAACCGCAGUGAGAACAGCUACCACUGCAAGACAGCGGACUGCCAGGGCUGGUGCAUCUUCGAGGACGAGGUGAACGAGUUCCUGUGCCCGCUCUGCAACAAACACAACUGCCUGCUCUGCAAGGCGAUUCAUGAAGGAAUGAACUGUAAGGAGUACCAGGACGAUCUCCGGAUCAGAUCGGAGAACGAUAUCGCUGCCAGGCAGACCACGGAGAUGCUCAAGACCCUGGUGGAGAAUGGGGAGGCGAUGCACUGUCCCAGGUGUAAGAUCAUCGUGCAGAAGAAGGACGGUUGUGACUGGAUCUGCUGCGUGAUGUGCAAGACGGAGAUCUGCUGGGUGACCAGGGGCCCGCGCUGGGGGCCGAAUGGUAAUGGGGAUACCUCGGGAGGGUGUGGCUGCAGAUUCAACGUGGCACGCUGUCACCCCAACUGCCAGAACUGCCACUGAGCAUCAGCCUCUCCUUCUUAUUGAACCUAAUCCAUUACAAAUAGAAAUGCACUAAAGAACUUGAGCUCGACCAUGGUCCUGCCCCUUUCAGUCGUCUCUUUUUCAUAUAUGCAGCGCGUGUUCUGUCACUGAACUGAGAUCACAGCACUAAUAAUAAUACCCAGCCACCGAGGUCACUAGCACACCUGUUUCUGGCACUAAUGAUCUUUGGCCAGAUCGGUCUGUAAUCUCUGAUUUAUUCUGGAUGUGGAGGGGAUUAUUCAAACUCUAUGUCAACAAAGAUAAGAAACGUGCAUUUUAUUUCAUUUAUCAUUUUGAUUAUUUUUGAUGCAUUUCAGUGUUUGUGUUCUUCCACUGGCGGAAAAGUCGUUCCUUAGUUUUUCUCCUUGCGGUACGUAGGGAUAUCGCUGCCAGCUUGUGGUGAUGAGGUCUGAGGCAGGUUACAAAGGAUUACAGAUCGCUUUGUAGCCGGUCAGUUUGCAAGGCUUUCUGAGCGGCAUGCAUAUUUGUUAAUGUGAGUAAAUGUUAAAUAGAUUUGAUUAAUGCAAAUAUAUUUUUAUGUGCUGUGUUAUAAAAAGAGCAUUACUGUUUAUCAGGUGGUAUAAUGUGUUUUCUUUCCAAUAUGUAGCAAAUAAAAUAAAACUAAGGGGUGCACUUUGAAA